CUCUAGGUGUGCUUCCAAUUUCACAACCCCACACCUCACUCAUCAUCAUAUAUACCACCAAACAUAUCUGUUAUUUCUGCUCUCUUUCUCUCUCUUUUUCUUCUAAGAUACACACAUACACACACACAGUUUCUUAUUCUGCUGCUGAAAGUGUCAGCUGAGAAGGGAAAAUGGGCAGAAAAUGCUCACAUUGUGGAAACAUAGGUCAUAAUUCCAGGACAUGUUCUUCUUUCAGAGCAACUUUUGUAGGAGUUCGUCUCUUUGGGGUUCAACUACACAUAUCAAACUCUUCUUCUCUUACCAUCAAGAAAAGCUUCAGCAUGGAUUCCUUGCCCUUGUUAUCCUCUCCAUCUUCCUCCUUUUCUUCAUCAAGAAUAUCUAUUGAUGACCAUCUAUCAGAUUCCGAUGGCCUCAUUGUUCGACCACAAGACAGGAAGAAAGGAGUGCCAUGGACAGAAGAAGAGCACAGAACAUUCCUUGUUGGACUGGAGAAGCUGGGAAAAGGUGAUUGGAGAGGUAUCUCUAGAAACUAUGUGACUACAAGAACCCCAACACAAGUUGCAAGCCAUGCUCAAAAGUACUUUAUUCGGCUUGCAACCUUGAACAAGAAAAAGAGACGUUCAAGUCUUUUUGACUUGGUUGGUGGAAGCUCUAACUCUAAGUCAGGUGAAAUUGAGAACGAUGUCACCUUGUCACUUCUUCAAGCACAAGAAACCAAACAGAAAGACAGUGAUGAUUGUUGUGAAGAUGAAGCAGGUGCAGAUCAUGAAGCUGUUAUGUGGCUUCAUCCUCAGAUGAAAUCUUCAUCGAACAAUAGUAUUGCAGCAAUUCCUGAUCUGGAACUCACUCUUUCAGUCUCCAAGGGAAAGGCUAAGACCAUGGAACAAACUAAAUCAACCCCUGGUUCCUUCCUUCUUGGCCCAAUUAGCGUCACUUAAACAAAACAUCAUAAAUCUCUCCAAAGAAAACACAUUUUUAAUAUUGUUGUUGUUUUUGAUAUCGGUAAUCAUUAAUCAGGCACUAAUCUACUAUGCAAUCGCAUGUCUUGAUGAUAUAUAGAGCAAAUGAUUAUUUUAUGUAUGUAUAAUCAAAUAUUUCUUUGUAUCAUAUAGCAAAUUAGUUCAGUCUGUUCAACGGAGUUAUUAAUGAACUGUGAAAUUUUAUAUACAUUUUUGUUCCUAGUUGAUACCU